AUGGAACCCCACUAUCAGGCGGCCUCCAUCCUCGUGAAAGUCAACACCUUACAGGGGAAGAAACUGGUGGAGAGCGGCCUCCAGUCCGGAGACUUCUCCCUGCCCGCCUCGUGGCCUUCCUGCGUGCCGCCUUCGCCAGACCUGGAGAGCCUGCAGCAGAAGGUGGCCGGGGUGCAGCGGGAGCUGGAGGACUUCAGGACGGAGGCGCUGCAGGCGCUCCGCUCCCUGGAAGACGCCUUCUGCGAGAUGAACGCGGGGCUGGUGCAGCUGGAGCAGCAGGCGGCCCGCGUGAAGCAGCGGCUGCGCGAGGAGGAGGACCGCGGCGUGGUGCGCAACAAGGUGCUCACCUUCCUGCUGCCGCGCGAGAAGCAGCUGCGCCAGCUCUGCCAGCGGCUCGAGGCCCGCCUGCUGCGCCAGGGCCGCGACGGGCCGGGGGCCCCCGCGAGGGCGCAGCCCCACGGGCGCCCAUGA